AUGAUCCGCGCCUUCUCCUUCCCGGCCAGCCCGGAGCGGAGCCGGCUGCGCGCCUGGCUCGAAGGCACCCUGGCCGGUUUGUGCGAGCUCCACUUGCUGCGGGAGCGCCAGGAACGGCGGGUCCGGCAGGCGCUGCGCAUCGCCGCCGAGCCCGGAGGAGCCGCCGGGGAGCCUUCUCCGGAGGAGCAGCAGCAGCUGGAUUCCAUUCCUGACCUGAUGUGGGAAAUGGAACAGCAAAUGGGUUUAUUGCGACUCUACAGCAACGAGAAGACGUGUGGGGAGGCAGUGGAAACAGACAGCUGGCCUAGUUCAGGGUUCCACGAGGGUCAACAGUCAGCAGUGGCCUCCGAUUCACCAGCUUCCGGGUUUGAAGAUUCCUCGUCCAGUAUCCCGUCGGCAUCCGGCUCCUAUUCCCGGAUCGGCCACCCAGAAUCCCGCCUUGGUUAUUCCAACGAGCGCCCCAAAUCUGUAGGGGACGUAGCCAACAACAGCAAGGAGAGGACCCAACGGAGCACCAUGCCGCGCUCCUUCUCAGCCCCCUACGCCUCAUCCCAAGAUCAGCCUGCUGAGCCGCUGCCCGCCUGCUUCACCCCAGACCCUUUCUUGUACCCCAGCCCCCUGCAUGCGGUGGCCCUGCAGAGCCCCUUCUUCCAGAGCCCCCUCUACGAGGACCCCACCUUCUCGGCCGCUUCCCGAGCCUUGUCCUACCCGGAGGACCCUGACGGCAACUUGGAGGCCUACGGGAACGACUUCCAGCUGUAUACGGAGGCGGCUUCGCAGGGCCAGCGGGUGGAGAGCUACAUCUCGCGCCUUCUCCGUCGCCGCAGCCAGCUGGUCAGAGGCAGCAAGCCCCGGACGAGCCUCAGCUCGGAACCGCCAGCCAAGGGUGGCGUGGUGCGCCAGAGCAGCCUCCGCAAGCGACCCCCGGAGCUGCUCCCUCUGCAGGCUGAACGCAGGCACCCUCCGGCCAUGGAGAGGGGGAGCAGCACCCCUUCGCCCUGCGGCCACGAGGGCGGCACGGCUGUCACCACCGCCCGUGUCUGGUCUUCGUGGGAUGCUGCGGCCGAGAGGACUUUGGCCGCCAAGACGAUGGUGGAGGACUUUCACCCGCCUCCAUCCAAUCUCCGGAAGCCCCCCAAACUGCAAGCAUUAGCCCAAGGAAGGCCUCCCUCCAUAGACCAUUACGACACUGUCUACCCCUCGUCCCCUCUCUUGGACAGGGAGGGCGGGUCCUUGCGGGGAAGUGGCCAGGAGCCGGUCUCCUACGAGUCAGAGGAAGGAGGCUGCCUGAUGGUCAAAGCCCAGUACAUCCCUGCUCAGCAGCCCCCCUGGGCCCAGCAGGCAAACCGGGCGGGCAGGAAGAAGCCCCCACCCCUGACCAAAGGCCGCUCGGUGGAACUGUCACCCGAAAGGGUCCCUCUGCUGGUGAGGGAACGGCCGCGGGGGGCCGGGAGAAAGGGCGGCGGGAGGAAAAGCUCCCCCAAAUCCAAGAAGGCGGCCAGGUCUCAGUCGGAGAACAGCCUCCUGCACAGGUCCAGGCUGAAAUACGGGACCGUGGACCGGGAGGAAUCAGCACAGAAACUGUCCCGCCAACGUCGGCUGCAGGGGAACGUGGACAGCGGCUACCGCAAGUGGAGCUCGACGGCUGAGAUCUCUCAAGAGGAGCUGUCUCCCGGCAGCACCAUGGAGCCGGCACGGGGCCAACAGGGGCCAGGCCCUGCAGGGUACACCUAUCCGGGCAGCGACUCCGAGUGUUCGGGCGAGCCAGCCAGGAGGGCCCCCGUGUGCCGCCUGGAGGAUGGCCUGGUCGGCGGAGACAGCGAGUCCAGCCUGAGCGACGGGGACUCGCCACCGCCGUACAGCAGCGGCGCCUCCAGCGAUACGGAUGAGAGUGGGGGUCUCGUGUGGCCGCAGCAGCUCUCCCCACAGCUGGUGUCGGCCUCUGGCCCAGGAAAGGCAACCAGCGGGCAGCCCAAAGUCUUCGUCAAGAUCAAGGCCUCUCACGCACUCAAGAAGAAAAUUAUGCGCUUCCGAUCCGGCUCGCUCAAAGUCAUGACAACGGUGUAAGGGGGAGCAGAGUCACUUCCCGCAACGUCCCGUCGCCUCCCCAAAUUUCUGUGGUGUGGAGGGGGGCAGAAAGUUCCCCUUGAAUGUGUCUCAUCUUCCCUUUCAGCUGCCAGCAACCAGCGAGGUGCCAGUUCAGGGGCUGCUCAGCUUCACGUCUGGGCUGGGAAGAAAAACAGUGGCAAAAACAAGGCUGCCUUGGA